UCUGAAUCUGAGAAACUCUCACAAUUGGACCAGCAAAGGGGAGCUCUCAUUGUUGCCCAUCUAGCUAGGGCCCGGGGAGGUCAUACUAAUAGGGAGCAUGUCCUAACUUGGCGUGCCUUGAAUCCAGAAUGCUUCCGUGUAAGGGUUGUUUCAUCGUAAUGCAAGGUUUCUAGGGACCCAAGCAUUCUCCACCAGCUUUUCACCAGAAUCAAUUCCGGUUGCAAGGUGAGACUAUGGCAAUGUCAGCGACAUGUUCGCUCUUUGAUGUCUUCAGGGGGGCUCAAUGCUUUCACAAUGGGGGCUACUCUCAGCAGCAAUGGCGGCAGAGGAAACCAGAAACUAAGCAGCAUUCAAUCAGUGCAGGUUUGCAACUCAAUGAUGUCUCCUCAAGGAUAGGGCAGAAAAGAUUUCUAGCAGGAAGUGUUAGCUUGGAGGGUGUGGGAAGGCCAAGAUCUGGUCCGCUUCUUCUGAAGAAGCGGUCAGCAAUAGCAGCCAGUGGCCCGGACCAAACCAGCAGCCCCACACAGGUCAUCGAACCAGAGCUCACAGUCCCCUCCACUGCGCCUCCCUCAACGCAACCUGUCCCUCCUGAAAAUGGCAGCCCCAACUCCGUCCCUCCAGACAAUUUCCCUGCUUGGGCGCGCACCGUCGACGAGUGCGCGGAACACUUCUGUGUUGACCUGAAACGUGGCCUGACAACCGGGCAGGUCGAGACGUACCGCUCCGCCUAUGGCUGGAAUGAGCUUGAGAAAGAGCCAGGAACGCCGUUCUGGCAACUAGUUGCGGAGCAGUUUGAUGACGCACUGGUGAAGAUCCUGCUGGGGGCGGCUGGAGUGUCGGGGGCGCUUGCGGUGUGGGACGCUGCUGAGGCGGGGGAGCCGGUCGGUGCGGAGGACUUUUUGGAGACGUUUGUAAUCUUGCUGAUCAUCGUGUUGAACGCAGUGAUCGGGGUGUGGCAGGAGAGCAAGGCAGAGAGCACGCUUGCGGCACUCAAGGAGAUGCAGAGCGAGACAGCUCGGGUCGUGCGAGAUGGAAAAGAGAUCCCGGACCUACCGGCGCGCGAGCUCGUCCCAGGGGAUCUCGUCGAGCUGCGGGUCGGAGACAAGGCCCCGGCCGACAUCCGCUUGGUCGAGCUGCGCUCCGCCACGCUGCGCGCCCAGCAGUCCAGCCUCACUGGCGAGAGCCAGCCAGUGUCGAAAGACACCCACGUGGUUCCGCAAGAGGAUAUUGAGCUUCAAGGAAAGGAGUGCAUGGUAUUUGCGGGGUCGGGGAUCAGUAACGGCACGGCGAUUGGGGUGGUGGUCCAUACCGGGAUGAGGACGGAGAUCGGGAAGAUCCAGGCGCAGAUCCAGCAGGCCAGCCAGGAGGGGUACGACACGCCGUUGACGAGAAAGCUGGACGACUUUGCGGACCUGCUCACGAAGGUCGUCGGCGCCGUGUGCGUGCUCGUGUGGGUGAUCAACUACAAGUACUUCCUUUCCUUCGACCCCGCUGCGCCGUUCCCCUCCAACAUCCAGUUCGACUUCCAGCAGUGCGCGUACUACUUCAAGGUGGCGGUCGCGCUGGCGGUGGCGGCGAUCCCCGAGGGCCUGCCAGCUGUCAUCACCACGUGCCUCGCGCUCGGGACCAAGCGCAUGGCGGAGGAGAACGCGAUUGUGCGGCGGCUGCCGAGCGUCGAGACCCUGGGCUGCACCAGCGUCAUCUGUUCGGACAAGACCGGCACGCUGACCACCAACCAGAUGUCCGUUGUCCGGCUCGUGUCCGUCGGCUUCACUCCGGGGGAGCUCCGCGAGUUUGUGGUCGAGGGCACGACCUAUAAUCCUGCGGACGGGGGGGUGGUAGGCCUGCCAAUUGAAGGGGGGGGCUUGGACAAGAGCCUGGAGGCGAUUGCGGAGAUCUCGGCAGUGUGCAACGAUGCGGGGCUGGCGUACAAGAAGGGCGCGUACGGAGCGACGGGAAUGCCGACCGAGGCGGCGCUCAAGGUACUGGUGGAGAAGCUGGGUGUACCGGACAAGGAUCGGACGCAGGCCUUGCGAGAAGCACGGGCCGCCGACGCUGAGAAUGCGGCUCUAGGGGCGUGCCAAGAUUACAAGGACGGGACGGCCCGGCUGGCGACGCUGGAGUUCGACCGUAAUCGCAAGUCCAUGAGCGUCGUGUGCACCUCCAGUGCGCUGUUCGGUCUUGGGGGAAACAGGCUGCUCGUCAAGGGCGCGGCGGAGUGCGUCCUGGCGCGGUGCAGCAAGGUGCUGCUCAGCUCCGGUCUCACGGUGCCCCUCGGAGACGACGUCCGGCCGCAAAUCUUGGCCGCGGUUGACCGCAUCACCUCGCGCGGCCUGCGCUGCCUCGCGUUCGGCGUCAAGACAAAUUUGGGCGAUCUGUCAAGUUACGAUGGGAGCGAGGACCACCCGGGGCAGGCGCUGCUGCGGGACUCAGAAAAUUACGCAGACGUUGAGAGCGACCUCACGUUCGUGGGCCUGGCGGGGCUGCAAGAUCCCCCCCGGAAAGAAGUCCUCCCCGCGCUGGCCGAGUGCAAGAAAGCCGGCAUCCGCGUGAUUGUUAUCACGGGCGACAAUAAGAACACCGCCGAGGCGAUCUGCCGCGAGAUCGGCCUUUUCACACCGGACCAGGAACUUGCGUCAAAGUCCAUGACGGGGGGAGACUUUAUGCGGCUGCCCGAGGGGGCGAAAAGAGGGGUACUUUUGGAGGGGCUUAAAUCCGGGAGCGGGCUUGUGUUUUCGCGUGCGGAGCCAGUGCACAAGCAGGAGAUUGUACGGCUGUUGAAGGCCGGGGGACACGUGGUGGCGAUGACGGGCGACGGCGUGAACGACGCCCCCGCGCUCAAGAGCGCCGACAUCGGGAUUGCGAUGGGCAUCUCGGGGACGGAGGUCGCCAAGGAGGCGUCGGACAUGAUCCUGGCGGACGACGACUUCGCGACGAUCGUGAGCGCGGUGCGCGAGGGCCGCUCCAUUUACGACAACAUGAAGGCGUUCAUCCGGUACCUCAUCUCGUCCAACAUCGGCGAGGUCGUGUCCAUCUUCCUGGCCGCCGCGCUCGGCCUCCCGCAGGGCCUCAUCCCCGUGCAGCUGCUGUGGGUGAAUCUUGUGACGGACGGAGCGCCUGCGACUGCACUGGGCUUCAACCCGCCAGAGGAGGGCAUCAUGGAGCGUGCCCCCCGCUCGCGUGACGAGGGCCUUGUCAGCGGCUGGCUCUUCGUCCGCUACUCCGUGAUCGGCGCAUACGUCGGCAUCGCCACCGUCGCGGCGUUCGGCAUCUGGUACCUGUUCCCCUCCUUUUUGGGCAUCGACCUUUCCGGUGACGGCCACACCGUGCUGACGUGGCAGCAGCUCUCCAGCUGGGGCACGUGCUCCACGUGGCCCGACUUCCAUCCCGCGCCGUACACCGCCGGCGCGCUCACGAUUGCGAUGGACAACCCGUGUGAUUACUUCACGACGGGCAAGGUGAAGGCGUCCACCCUGGCGAUGUCCACUCUCGUUCUCAUCGAGAUGUUCAACGCCCUCAACGCUCUCUCCGAGAACAACAGCCUGGUCACCACCAAGCCUUGGGUCAACAAGUGGCUGCUCCUCGCCAUCAGCGUUUCCCUCGGCCUCCACUUCGUCAUUCUGUCGGUGCCGUUCUUGCAAGAGGCGUUCGGCGUGGUGCCCCUCAGCACGAACGAGUGGCUCCUAGUCAUUGCGCUCUCGGCGCCGAUCGUAGCGGUAGAUGAGGUGUUGAAGUUUGUGGGCAGAAGGUGGUUUACCAAACCCGGUUCGAAGCAAUGAGGUGUUGAAGUUUGUGGGCAGAAGGUGGUUUAGCAAACCCGGUUCGAAGCAAUAGUCCGAGAGAGGCACGGUCGAGCAGGCCGGCUUGGCUGCCCUUCAAGGUGCCCGUAGGAGAAGAAGGUAGUAUCUGGUGUCGAUGGGUUUACGGUACAAGGUUCCCUUGCUUGCUAUAGCUAAAGCUUGUACUAUGCGCGCGCAUAGAGAGCUCCAGUCUCUGACUUCCAAUAAAACGUAACAGUCAUUUCGGAGGUCUGUGCGAACCUUCCAUGUACAAUUAGCAAAGGAUUGUUCAAUAAGCUCGUUUUGAGUUGUUCACUGC